UGGAUGUUGGUAGAAGCGGAUUGUGGUGUGACAGAGAUUCUGAUGAUAAUUCUUAUCUUAGUGAAUUGGUAAUUGUUAUAUUUUUCGUGGAUAAUAUUGUGAUAGCACUAUGCCUAUUAGAAUCUGUCUGGCAUUUCAAUUUUAACAUGCCACCUUUCAACCAACUUAAAAUAGAACUUGACUGGCAGUAAAGUGUGAAGAAGAGUUUUCUUCUAUGAUAAUAUCUUCAACUUAAGGUUUCGUCUGUCCUGGGCACUUUUGAUAAUAGAGAUAAAAUGGUCCAAUCCAAGUUUUGCCUUCCAAAACUAAGGAAAUUUUAUUUGUAAGGUAGGAAACCUUUCUGACAAAGCAUUGUUUUCCAGUCGUUGCUGGAUGGACUGUUUAUGGGAGUAGGAUGUUGCGCUUUCUGAAAGCAAUCCAGUCAUUCGUUGAUACAAAGGAAUCCAUCGGAUGCCGCUAGUUGGCUAAAUUAAAAACUGCGACCACCAGAAGGCCGAGUGUAUAUUUGUGAGUGACGGGAUUUCUCCCAUUUUCUCCGAGACGCUGAGCAAAAAUGUGUCGCUGUAUGAAUGGUUAUCAAUCACAUUAUAGUAAGCUAGCCUAUAAUUUCAACUUGGCUGAAAUCAUCUUAUCACAUGGCCAACUGAUGUUCAUUUUUUGCUGAAAUGUCAGACUUUUGUAAUAUUUGAGAAAAUGUCAGUGAAUCCAUACGACGUAUAUACUCCAGUACCUGUAAAGCACAAAAAAUUGUGCUUCAGCUCGAAAAAAUACUCAUCGAUCGUUGCUAAGUGCCACCAAACGUUGGUUCGGUAGUAGCCGACCCGCUGGUCUCCAAACAACUCAGACUGUUGCCGUGAAUCUGUCCAGCUACAGCUUCGACGCGUAGGCGAUUUAGCAUUUCUUCUAGGUCACUAUGAAUUGGCCUAUCAUUCCUAUCAUUCUGCCAAAAAGGACUUUGAAGCUAAUCAAGCUUGGCUUCACUAUGCUGGAGCCAUGGAGAUGGCUGCACUCUCCGUCUUCCUGCAGAAUGUUCAUAAACUCAUAAUCGUACCAUCCCGUUCCACUACUUCGACAAAGCGUUGACCACGUAUCUGCAAACUUGCAAGAUGCCGUAUUGGAGCACGCGCUGCGCCAUUUUGGCAUCUGAGUGACUUAAACGACGAAUCAAUACAGUGACGCCGCUCUACAACUAAUUCGACUUACCAGUGAAGACACCGAUUUACGGAGCGCCGUCCUUCUAGAACAAGCUGCCCUUUGUUUUCUUCGAUCUGCCGUCUAACCAAAUUCGUCAUCUGGCGAUGCCGCCAAACCGAACAUGGUGCCCCUCAUCCGCAAAUACGCCUUCCACAUGAUUCUGGCUGGUCAUCGGUUUGGCAAGUCGGGGCAAAAGCGCCACGCUUCUCGAGCUUAUCAACUCGCUUUGCAAGUGUAUAAAGGGCAUGGUUGGAGCUUAGCUGAAGAUCACAUACACUACACAGUAGGGCGACAAUGCUUAAAUCCACAACAGAUUGAAGCAGCUUGUCAUGCGUUGGGUGCUCUUUUAAAGCCAGAUUAUUUGCAGACUGCCGCUCAGCAAACCGCCUAUUUAAAUGAAUUCAUUCAAGUUCACCAGUUCUUAAAUAAACACCGAGAAAAAGAAAUCAAAACGUCAACUUCACUUCCAGUGUUACCCCUGCCUGUGAUCGAUAGCAACCAGAUCAGAGUAUUAGUUGACACGAAAGAUCCCACGGAAAACAUUUGUCCGCCCGUGUCUGAGGCCUCACAUGUCACCUUCAACGACGACGAAGUUCAUCACGCAAAGUGGGCCAAUAUGGAAGAGAAACUGGUGCAGUCGGCCUUUGGCACAACUCAUGCCAUGUUCCGGCCUACCAAUCUUCUAUUUUCUAAUACGACCAACAAUACGGCUCAUCUACAAACGUAUUGUGAUGACCUCAUUAGUUUAGAAUUACCUUUGACCAACCCCUUGCGCAUUCCUGUCCUAUUAUGUGACAUUCGUCUAGUGUGGAACUUCUCUGGAGCGGACGGCAACCUAUCAAAUCUACUCAUGACAAACAACAAUCCAUUGGUUACCACUUACAUUUUACCAAGGAUUGUACUGAAUCCUUCUUCUUCACAUAAGGUUGUUUUGAACGUGAAACCCAAAGCAGAGGGAAUGCUGACCAUUGAAGGAGUCGCUUUUGACCUUCGCCCAGUCAAUGUAGAGCCUUCGGCAGCAGUAGUUGGAUUAGUAUCGUCAGUGUCAGGGCGAGUAAUGUUAAGCUUGCAGGGCCCGAGGUUAAAUGCGACCCAACAGGAACGUCAUGGCAAAGUAUAUGCUUCUGACAAAAGACUCUCGAUCCAAGUCGGGCCACGCAUAUAUGCCUAAAUUGCAAGUGCUGUUCAACUCCUUACCUGAAUUUCUAUUUAGCGGAGAAAUUCGGCCAGUGGUGGUUGAACUCUCCAACAUUUGCCCUAGUGUACCCGUUGCCAAUAUUAUUAUCGCUUCCAACGAUCCCUUACACCUCGCUUUCGACCUUCCCCGCAUUGAGUGCAAAAAUGUUCGAAAUGAUCAAAUUGCACUCUACCGUUGGCAUCCCACUCAAAAAUCAAUUAAAAUGUGGUUGAAAGGCACCGAAAACGUUGGGUUAACAUCAUUGGAUCUCAUGUUUUUCUCUACUAAUCCCGCCAUAAAAGCCAGAUAUCGUCUACUUCGCCACUGUUCGAAAAUCUUUGUCUCUUCAUCAUUGAGCCUCGGUGCCUGGGUUCAAAGAGUUCCGAGUGGGGAGGAUCGCACUGAAACAUUGGCCGUUCAACUCCAAGUUCGGAACCUCAGAGACGCGGAUGACACAUCUCUUAGUGGUAUUGAAGUUUCGCAGGUGGCUCUUCUUAGCAAUCGAUGGCAUUUGCGUUCUGAUCAGUCAACAAUUCCAGACGGAGUACUUCAUCCACAAGAAAGCCUCAUUGGGGUGCUAUUGGCCAUCCGAGGAACUGAAAAGAGAGAAUACAACGAGAGUGUUGUGCUAAAAUUACCAAGCCAUGGACGAGCUGUCGAUUUCCAACUCGACCCAUACCGAUCAUUCGUUAAAGAAUUUCAGAAAACUACACCCGACACAACUCUGGUUGUGUGCUGGACGGCUAUGCAAGCUUCUGAAGAUGGAUUUGGUACUUUACUCAUAGAAGGGCAACAUUACUUUGGUUGGAAUUCCUAAGAUAUAGCAAGCUCAAGUUUGCCAGAAACCAGUUUGAAAUCACAUCAGCAGUUGGUUUCCUACUCCAUGGAGUAUUCAACAAAAGUGUUUCAUGAUUUUGACCAACAGAAGUUGUGUGUUAUACCAGUAACUCUGUAUCUUCACAAUUGCAGUCAGCAACAAGUCAAUGUUCAUUAUUCAGCCAACUUCAAUACAGGGAAACCCCCACGUGCUUCUCAGUUGUACAUGCCUGAAGCUGCUUCUCCCCUACUUUGGAUAGGUUGUGUUCAAGGAGAUGUUUGUUUGAAAGAUACACCUGCUUACAGUCUUGUUCAAGGGUUACAAAUCGAUGCAAGAAUGUUGGGUGAAAAUGUUAAGAGUACCAAGUCAAAAAAUUGAGUAUACAUUGAUUGUUGAUCACAAGGAAGUUUAAUUGUAUUAUGUAGGUGAAAAAAUAAAGUUGUUCAGAUUUUAA